UUCCGAGCGAGCGCGGCUAGUUCGCCGCACGCCGCCAUUCGGGGCGCCCGCGCUCACGCUACACGCGCGCACACAUAAACUUGACUCCUCGCAACUUACAUGCAAGUGCAUUCGUAAACCACUCAAAUUUCGUGAAAUCACACAACAGUGCAACGUGUAAACGAAGUGCCUGCACCUUGGCCACGCAAAUGCGGGUUCGGAUCACUUGCAGCAGAAAAAAUAAACAUAACACUUCGACGCUGCGAGCGGCGCUGCCGAGGCGCCCCCCUCCCCACGCCUGCUGAUGACACAAUAAUCUGUGAUGCUGGCAAGAGCAGGACCCUACAGGAAACUGCGUCCCCGAGGACGGCGAAGGACGUUGUCGCCAACGAUCAAUUAGCUAUAAGUGCAAGUGCCUAAUUCGUUACAAUGGUGGGUAACCGUCGAAACUUCAUAUUUAGAGUGAGCAUUGUGAUCAAUAUCGCCGUGCUGCUGUACGCGGCGAUGCAUCUGUCCGGCAGCACCGGCCCAGGAGUGGAGUGGGUGCCGGUCACCGUGGACGGCUCCGAACGCAGCGCGGAGCUCCGGUACUUGAACACAGUGGAGUUCCGGAACGUGACUGAAACGAGGCUGCCCGAUUCCAGCAUGAAGAACUACGAGGAAUCCACGUCUCAGAAAACGCCGUCCACUAUGCCGUCAACAAACAAAACCGCUUCGAGCACCACAUCCAUCGCUGAACUAGAGAAGAAGUUACACGACACAUCAUCAGAAGCGGAAAUGGUGAACGAAACGUUGGAUAUAGUCGACGAGAACGCGUUGUCGGACGCGACCCUCGCGCGGCUGCGGUUCCUCCUGGCGUGCAACGAGAGAGACUUUCUUCCUCAGUAUCUGCAACGUGGUGAAUAUUGGGUGUUAAAGAAUUACGUGCGCGCGGACCACGGAACAGUGUUGUGCCAUGAAACCAUCACCUACACGACUCACGCUGGCUUCGAGUUCCUGGACAACGUGCCACCUCUAGUCGAAAGAUGGAUGGCGCCAGUCAGCCUGGCCAUCCAUGCGCCGGGAGCCGACGUGGUCCCCACGGUAAACAGCAUCAGGUACCUUCGCGACUGUCUCGGCAAUGACCUGAUCCGCCAGUUCGUCACCUUCCACGUCUUCUUCAGCAACAAGCACAUACCCACUAAGAUUCCUGACCCGAACGUAUUCUUGAAUGUACCAUACAACUGCACAGUCACACCUCCGUUUAUAUCAAUAAGAGCAAACGAAACGUAUAUGAAACAGAAGAACCUGCUUUACCCAGUAAAUGUUGCUAGGAACAUCGCAAGGGACUCUGCACUGACGCACUACAUCCUGCCUUCCGAUAUAGAGCUGUACCCGAGCCCUAACUUGGUGCCCCGAUUCCUGAACAUGAUCGCACGAAACGCGAAACCGCUUAAUACCUCAACCAAACCUCGAGUCUUUCCAAUAAGCAUAUUUGAAGUUGACGCCAAAGUUCACGUGCCAUCAACGAAGACAGAGCUGCAAGCUAUGUUGGCCAACAAAACCGCCAUACCAUUUCACAAGUUCGUAUGUCCAAACUGCCACAACAUACCGCAGCGCCAACAAUGGAUGACCGCCAACGAAACCAACCAAAUGGACGUGUUCCACGUGGGCAAGCGACAGAGAAGUUUUGUGCAUUGGGAGCCAAUCUUCAUCGGCACCCACCAAGAUCCUUAUUAUGACGACCGACUCAGCUGGGAAGGGAAAAAGGAUAAGAUGACUCAGGGUUACAUCCUCUGCGUGAAAGACUACGAGUUCAUGAUCUUGAACAACGCCUUCCUGAUCCAUAAGCCCGGCAUCAAACACUACGUGAGGAACGCGAAGAGAGACUCCCUGGCCGCAAAGCAAACCGCCUACAUCAAGAAUGUCAUCAUGCCCGAACUAAAAAAGCUGUACGGGACAAGAAAUGGAUGCGCGCUGUGACGAAAACAUAAAAAGAUUGUUAGGAUCCAAAAGAAAAUUCGUCAUAAAGACUGAUAUUCAAAUCAGAGGCUAUUUAGGAGUCUUUAAAGCCUUACUUGUUUCUACAGUGAGAACGGUAGUUUUCCCAAAAUGGGUUUAGGGCUAUUGGUUCAUAUUUAUGGAAGUUACUAACGAAUUUUGGACAUGCGCUGACUUCUCGGGUCUCGCGAAAGUGUACGUUACUGUAACUUGGACAGAUAUUCAUGCUCCUUACUUCAGUCGAGCAAAGCCGCUGGACUGUGACGUAAUGUUUGAUAUACUAUCUCGUGAUUGCUUCGCUAAGUUAGAAAUAAAUCGAUAACAAUUAACGACCUAAAUGGGAACAUUUCCUAGAGAUAUUGAUGAAAAAAUUAAGGAGAUUGAUUGUUUUAUUAGUGCCCUUUAAAGAAGACUUUCUAGCUGUAAAAUUGAAAAAAAUUUCGGUACGUACACCGAAAUGUUUGAAGUAUCAAUCAGUUUAAGCCCCAUUGUCGCUGUAUGUGUAAUCAAAUUGCGUUUAAUAAUAAUAUUAAUCAGGUUACAGGGUGUAUAACCGCCUGCCUUUUAUACAAAAACAAUUGUUUAGCUUUUUAGAAUGAAUUGAACAUAUCAUAUUGACGGCUAUUAGUGGUUAUUUGACCAGUUUUUACUCGAAUGUUAUGUAUUACAUAGUUAUUAACAUAACUUGUAUGUAAUAAUCCUAUCCAAUAAGUAGUACCUACUCGUCUAAAUGGGAUAACGUACAAUAAAAUGUGCUUCGCAGAAAUCCCCGUGUUCUUAGCAAUAUUAAAUAAGUAAGUACUAAUAGUCCCUAGUAAAUAUUCUGGACAAAAAUAAAUGCCCAAAUGGUUUUUGCACAACAAAAUUUAAAGAACCAUUGCCUGUUAGCAACUUGAAUAACUUUUAAUAAGGGUAAUGAAUAUAAAGCUCGAUUUUAUGGUUCAAAACUUUGGUAACUUUUACCCUCUACAAACAUUGAAAUAUUGUAACAGUCUCACCAGAGUAAAUGAGUGUUCUUCAAUAAUGAAAUAUUUAAGUGCUGGUGCACACACGACGGUUACAUUUUUAAGCAAUAACGACGUCCAUAAUGUCUAAGUCAAUUGCAUGAAUAUAUUUUUUUAAUAACUUUGGGUAUUCAGAGCUAACAAACGCAAACAUAAUAUAGGAUCUACGUAUCACUGUCAAAUAGUUAAGUACUGAUAAUGAUCUACAACUUUAUUUGCAGUCAAUGGCUUCCAAAACUCUGAAUUUAUGAAACAAUCGCCUGAUGUAAUAGGUAUACCAAUAAGGUACCAAAUAUAUUAAUAUAUUGAUAACUCAAUGCCUAGCAUUAUAAGCUUAUGAGACCGAGGCCUUAUUAUAUCCGUAGUGUGUAAGCAAGUAAUUUUACAUUGAUCGCGGCAUUCAUUUGUUCGGUAGGUCCUUCGAUUGACAUUUUCUGCACCCGCGCGUCUAUCUGACACGGCUUAAAAAAGACUCUUGAAGAAAUUUCUAAGAAUAUUUCUAUUAAUACCGUGAAUUCUAUUGACCCCAUUCUACGGUACCUGGACAGUCAGAUCCAGAAAGAUUCUAACGCGCGUCUAUGAAUAUUUGAACAGGCCUAAGAUAAUUUUUCUUACAUCCGCAUUCAGAGAACGUCCUGAAUUGCCUGGUGCGACAACCUUCAAAUAGCCUCGCCAUAAAACGAAGUCUUGGUAAAUGUAUAGAAUAAAUUAAAAAUCCUCAAUUGAAGCCACUGCUUCAGCAAAUAAGCACAAAGAUAUCUUUUUUCUUUAAAAUGCUGAAGACGAACACUAUAAUCCGGGCGUUUUCAAGGCGAGAGGGAAUAGGCACUUACAGGGCAGAUAUGUGCCAUUGCAGUCAAAUACCUGCCUUGUCUAGCAUAAAAAAAAACGCUCUACAUGAGCUGGUGGAAAAUAAUGAUUUACUUCUAUGGAUGUAUGGAUUUUUUAAUGAUUUUUGACACAUCCCAUGUUUGCGUCUUUUUUAUAUUGCCUCGACAAGAUAACUAGGAAGUUCUAGACAAUUCAGGACGCAAGCAAAUUAUCACUAUAACAGUAUUCUUUCAAAUAUUGAUUUUGAAAAAAGUGAUAAGUUAACGCUCUGCCAGUGCAGUUGUUUUUCAGGAUUUUUAGCUUCUGAGCCUCUACAUUUACAUAUCAAUUAUUGUAGAAUAAUGUGGAUAAUCAAUUUAUUUGUAGGCGUAAUUUUAUACUUUAUGUCUCAAUUAUUAUCUGUAAAUAUAAUGUGAAUUAAGGAAAUAAUCAUUUUUGAAAAUAAAUUAACUUACCCUAAGUUAAACAGUGUAAAUGUUUUACUGUGCGGUAAAAAGUAAAUAUUCCGAUCCUUGAAAAAAGGUGGAAGAUAGGGAUAUUUUGGAAAAACCUCCAUUAGCAAUAUCUACGUCAUUGUUAGUCGUCUAGAAUUCCUGAAUUGCAUUUCGUAAUAUUAUUAAUGUGCCUAUUAAUCGUGUUUAAUAAAAAUCCAUUUACCUCAACAUUUUGUAUGUGAAUACAUUUACAGAAUAAUAUUGCUUCUUUUGUUGCACGUAAAUGGAUUUGCAGACAGAAAGUGUUCGUGAUUUGUUCAGAUUUGAAAAGUUUCAGAGAUGAAAAAGUUAUAAAAUAUAGGUAUUAACGUUCACAGUGAAAUCUCUCUAUUGAUUGUGAAAAUUAUCUACUGUCUACUGGCUCAUCCAUUCAUCCCGAGACAAGAGAAUUCUAGUAACGAGCACUCAGACACAUUUGUCUUAAAAUUUCUCUUAUAUGUGGUCAUGCAAUAUCUAAUUAUGCUGGAAUAUGCUAUACAAAUGGUUGAACGUGGCUUAUUCCACAAUCAAUAAAGAAAAUUAAAAAAUAAGAAACUUGAGCUGUGCAAAUCUCGAACAAGUUCUGGAUUUUAAUUCUGCCUCUACUUAGAAUAAAGUUGAGGCAGAAUAAUACUGUAAUAUAAUAUAAUUAUACACACUGAUGUGUGAAGAAGAGCCUGAAGGUAUUCGUGAUACUCUGUAUUAUACAAAAUUAGUGCUUAAACUCACCACGUUCGAAUUAAUAAGUAGGAAAAUAAUUUAAUUUUCAUAAUUUCUUAGUCCUAUGUAUAAAUUAAUUAAGAUAUUUUUAGAUAAUGUGAUGUAAUAUAAAUAAAAUCAUUUGAAUAUUCUCUAAUGUACUCAACUUUUACUUAGUCAUUUUUGGAAUGUUUCAAACAUGUUUUGUAAUAUAGUUUCUUUUGGACUAUUUUGUUUAGGUCAAUUAUUCCUUUACUGUUUAUAGUUUUAAUGUUUCUUUAGGCUAAGUAUUUCUGGGGUUUGGUUAUGGCAAAAGCAUGUGGUGAGUUUUCACUGUCGGCACCAAGGUUCGCAAAGUGCCUCUUAGUUGAUAAGUGCAUAUAUAAAAGUCUUUCAAUGUGAUCAUUUACGAAAAUGUAUUUAUCGAAUAAUGUAAGUAGUUUAACUUUUAUAUCAGCGGUUUCAUAAAAAUCUACAGGUAACGUGUAAUCGGUCUAAACUUUCGAAUAAAAGAAAUCUUAUUUCUGA